AUGGAUUUGCAGAGGACUAUGGUGGUGUUGUUCUUGUUCUUGUCUCUUUUGACCAACGAAACGACGGCGUUACAGCUUGAAACGGAAAACACAAACGCCGUAGUGAUAAAACGCGGUUUAAAAACGCGGCGGCCGGAGCACAGGAACGCUUAUGCGACGAUGAUGUACAUGGGAACACCAAGAGACUACGAGUUCUACGUUGCGACACGUGUCUUGAUCAGAUCGCUCAAAGGCUUCCACGUGGAAGCUGAUAUCGUCGUCGUCGCCUCCCUCGACGUUCCUCUCAACUGGAUUCACUCCUUGGAAGAAGAGGACGGAGCUAAAGUGGUGAGAGUAGAGAAUCUUGAGAAUCCAUACAAGAAACAAACCAACUUCGACAACAGAUUCAAGCUUAGUCUCAACAAGCUCUACGCUUGGUCUCUCUCCGACUAUGACCGUGUCGUAAUGCUCGACGUCGACAAUCUCUUCCUCAAGAACACAGACGAGCUCUUCCAAUGCGGCCAGUUUUGUGCUGUCUUUAUCAACCCUUGUAUCUUCCACACCGGUCUCUUCGUGUUGCAGCCAUCAAUGGAGGUCUUUAAGGACAUGAUUCAUGAGCUUCAAGUAGAGAGAAGUAAUCCUGAUGGAGCUGAUCAAGGCUUUCUUGUCAGUUACUUCUCCGAUUUACUCAAUCAGCCUCUGUUUCGUCCUCCCGAUAACCGCACCACCGCCCUUACCGGACAUUUUAGGCUUCCUUUGGGAUAUCAAAUGGACGCCUCUUAUUACUACCUUAAACUCAGAUGGAACGUACCGUGUGGACCAAACAGUGUGAUCACGUUCCCAGGAGCAGUUUGGUUAAAGCCAUGGUACUGGUGGUCAUGGCCUGUUCUUCCUUUAGGCCUCGCAUGGCACCACCAACGCCGCUACACCAUAGGUUAUUCCGCGGAGAUGCCUUGGGUCCUAAUCCAAGCGGUUUUAUACCUAGGAAUCAUACUAGUUACGCGUCUAGCGCGAACCAGCAUGACCAAGCUCUGUUACAGACGUUCCGAUAGGAAUCUAGCCUACUUGAUCAAGAUGGUUGCACUGCUCUUGAUCCUCUCAGCUUACAUUAUACCAUUCUUCAUCAUCCCACACACGAUCCACCCGCUCAUCGGUUGGUCGCUAUACUUGACCGGUUCCUUUGCUCUUUCCUUCAUACCCAUCAACGCCUUGUUGCUUCCAAUGCUACCUGUCUUAACACCGUGGCUCGGCAUCCUCGGGACGCUACUCGUGAUGGCUUUUCCCUCUUAUCCCGAUGGAGUAGUCAGAGCAUUGUCGGUUUUCGGGUAUGCGUUUUGUUGUGCACCGUUUCUAUGGAUCUCCUUUGGGAAGAUCACAUCACAUCUUCAGGUUUUGAUUGACAAAGAGGUCUUGUUUCCGCGGUUGGGUGAAUCCGGGAUCAAUUCAGGUAUCAAUAAGUUGUAUUGA